ACGAGCAGCCCCUGAAGUAAAACGAACAUACAACUCUUGAUCCAGCCUUAGAGACUAAGGCCUGGCAAUAGCCUCAAGCAUUAUAAUCAGUGUAAAUUAAAUUAAAAAUUUAAAAAAGUGGACAAGCAACAAAUGAACCAAUUAAAUUCUACACAGUGAAUCAAACAGAAAAAAACAAAAAAUAAAAUUUAUUAUUUAUAUCAGUUGUAAAUCUGAAAAGUCAAGGAAUUUACAACAGGAUAAGCCAUCUGGCACUAUUCGCGUAACGCAUACGCCGCGUGGGGCACAUUGUUUUUAUAGAUUUAUUAGUUACAAUUUGUGCCGAUUUGUGUGUGGUGUGUGUGAUUGUGCGCCUAGGUGUGUGUGUGUGUGUGGUUAUCGGCAAAGGAAUCGAUUCGCAAGCGUGAGACCGCAACAAGAUGUCAUUUGAUAUAGCCAUUGCCGAUCAGAUGCGCAUUGCAUUGAACUACGUCAAGUUCAAGACAAAGCAACAGCGCCUUCGCAGCAAUGACAAAGUCAUUGCGGAUACGAUAUAUGGCAAAGUAAAGGGCGUUAAAUGGCAAUCGAUCUAUGGGAAUAAUUAUUAUAGUUUCGAGGGUAUACCAUUUGCCAAGCCGCCGGUGGGUGAUUUGCGUUUCAAGGCGCCCGUUGAACCGGAUCAUUGGACAGAAGUGAAGCGUUGCACCCGGGAACGAACAAAGCCAUGUCAGGUGAAUAUUGUGAUGAACAUGGUGCAGGGCAGCGAGGAUUGUCUUUAUCUCAAUGUCUACACAAGAGAGUUACAUCCUCAGAAACCAUUGCCCGUUUUGGUUUGGAUCUAUGGUGGCGGCUUUCAAAUGGGCGAAGCUUCGCGUGAUCUCUACAGUCCUGACUACUUCAUGAUGGAGCAUGUGGUUCUCAUAUCUAUUUCAUAUCGCCUGGGUGCUUUAGGUUUUCUUACUCUGGAAGACGAGGAAUUAGAUGUGCCCGGCAACGCUGGACUCAAGGAUCAAGUCAUGGCCUUACGUUGGGUUAAAAACAAUUGCCAAUUCUUUGGUGGUGAUCCGAAUAAUAUUACGGUUUUCGGUGAGAGCGCAGGAGGAGCUUCUACACACUACAUGACUCUGACGGAACAGACACGUGAUCUCUUUCACAAGGCAGUGAUAAUGUCGGGAUCGGCCAUAGCUCCCUGGUCCAUAACUCCACAAUUCAAUUGGGCCUAUCGGUUGGCCCAGGCUACAGGAUAUACUGGCGAACAGAAUGAUCGUCAGGUCUUGGCACAUUUAAAGAAAACUAAAGCAAGCAUCAUGUUAAAGGUGGCAGAUGAUAUCAUAACCAUGGAAGAGCGGCAUCAACGCAAAGUUAUGUUCAGCUUUGGACCCAGUGUUGAGCCAUAUGAUUCUCCACAUUGUGUGAUACCGAAACCUCCCCUCGAGAUGAUGCGUAAUUGUUGGGGCAAUAGUAUACCCAUGGUUGUGGGUGGCAAUUCCUUUGAGGGUCUUCUCAUGUUCCCCGAGGUGCGAAAAUGGCCAGAUUUAUUAUGCCACUUGGGUGAAUGUGAAUACUUGGCCCCAGAAGAUGCCGGGCUGAAUGAGGAACAGCGGCGAGCAUUUGGCAAACAAUUGAAAGCCCUUUACUUUGGUGAUAAGAAACCAAGUCGUGAAACGAUACUCCAAUAUAGUGAUCUAUUUUCAUAUAAAUAUUUUUGGCAUGCCAUACAACGUACAUUACUCUCACGGGUUCAUCACGCCUCGAAAGCUCCAACGUUUCUAUAUCGUUUCGAUUUCGAUUCCAAGCACUUUAAUACCAUGAGAAUUAUCACCUGCGGACGCAAAGUGCGUGGCACUUGUCAUGGGGAUGAUUUGUCUUAUAUAUUCUAUAAUGCGGCUGCCAAAAAACUUAAACGUCGCACAGCGGAGUUCAAGACGAUACAUCGUUUUAUCUCCAUGCUGGUGCAGUUCGCCGCCUGUGGAGAUCCAAAUAUUCCCCUGAUCAGACACGACCAUGAUCACAAUCACGAUCAUGAUAUGCACAGCGAUGCACCUGGACCAGAUGGAGAGCCAGAAGUCUGGUUACCCAUCUCCAGUGAGGAUAAAGUGUUUAAAUGUUUGAACAUUUCCCAUGAUGUGCAAGUGAUUGAUUUGCCUGAGGCAGAGAAAUUACGUAUUUGGGAUAGCAUGUAUGUGGAUAGAAGACUUUUGUAUUGAACUUGCAAAUUCACACUCUAUGUAGCUCUCUCGCUCUCUCUCUCUCUUCCACUACCUCUCUCACUUUGCCCCAUUUAGCUGUAGGCCAAAACAACAUAUCGUUAGUUAUUUGUAGUAGAUAUCUAAGCUGGCCCUGAGGUGGCUUUAAAACCACAUUUAAUGUACACAAAGCUCUCAAACAUGUAAAUAGCCUUUAUCCUGCUUAGUUUGUAAGAAUAAUCACAGCAACAAGAACAACAACAAGAACCCUCAAAGAAAAACAACAAGAAAAAUAUUUAAAAAGUGGGGGGAAAAAAAACUCUUGAGCUUAAUAUUUUACAUACAAAUUCAUUUUACACAAUUUCUGAAUAUGUCGAUUUUAGUUUUAGUUUGUAUUGUUUAAAUGGCCAGAAGCGAAUAAAAAUAUCAAAUACUGAAUAAAUAU